AUGUCUUCGCUAUCGUUUGGUGACUUUGAGGAAUUAUCAUCACGUGAAACAUUUGUCUGCCUUGAACGGCUUCCAGCAAUCGAUUUUACCCAGUUGUGUGAUGAAAGUAAAGUGGAUUCCAAUCACAAGUCACUAUCUGACGUUUCACGUAACAAAACAUGUUUGCAGGAAUUGAAAUUCGAUGAUCAAUACUCCACUUCAGACUCGAGAUAUCUCACUAAAGUAUCAACACUGUGUGAUGAUUCAUACAAAAAUGAGGGUGAAUUUUCUUCAAUAAAGUUGACGAGAGAGAAGGUUGUCGAUGAUAGGGAUGUUUCGGUUGUGGGAAGACGACGGCUUGGGAAGAAAGGCAGAGGAGGGUCAAAUUUGUCAGGUGGUGGUGAAACACUUUCCCCAAUACGACUGAGUGAAUCGGCGAUAACAAUAUCUACAGAUGAUCAAGAGUUGACGAGAGAGAAGGUUGUCGAUGAUAGGGAUGUUUCGGUUGUGGGAAGACGACGGCUUGGGAAGAAAGGCAGAGGAGGGUCAAAUUUGUCAGGUGGUGGUGAAACACUUUCCCCAAUACGACUGAGUGAAUCGGCGAUAACAAUAUCUACAGAUGAUCAAGGUGGAUUAGAUGUCAAUGUCAGUGGAGGUGUGUCGAUUGUACCGGGAGGUGGGAAGUCGAAUAGUGUUAGCGUGUUGACGACAGCUGUUGAUUCGAGAUUGUGUGAUGUUGAGAAGGAAGGUGGAUUAGAUGUCAAUGUCAGUGGAGGUGUGUCGAUUGUACCGGGAGGUGGGAAGUCGAAUAGUGUUAGCGUGUUGACGACAGCUGUUGAUUCGAGAUUGUGUGAUGUUGAGAAGGAAGGUGGAUUAGAUGUCAAUGUCAGUGGAGGUGUGUCGAUUGUACCGGGAGGUGGGAAGUCGAAUAGUGUUAGCGUGUUGACGACAGCUGUUGAUUCGAGAUUGUGUGAUGUUGAGAAGGAAGGUGGAUUAGAUGUCAAUGUCAGUGGAGGUGUGUCGAUUGUACCGGGAGGUGGGAAGUCGAAUAGUGUUAGCGUGUUGACGACAGCUGUUGAUUCGAGAUUGUGUGAUGUUGAGAAGGAAGGUGGAUUAGAUGUCAAUGUCAGUGGAGGUGUGUCGAUUGUACCGGGAGGUGGGAAGUCGAAUAGUGUUAGCGUGUUGACGACAGCUGUUGAUUCGAGAUUGUGUGAUGUUGAGAAGGAAGGUGGAUUAGAUGUCAAUGUCAGUGGAGGUGUGUCGAUUGUACCGGGAGGUGGGAAGUCGAAUAGUGUUAGCGUGUUGACGACAGCUGUUGAUUCGAGAUUGUGUGAUGUUGAGAAGGAAGGUGGAUUAGAUGUCAAUGUCAGUGGAGGUGUGUCGAUUGUACCGGGAGGUGGGAAGUCGAAUAGUGUUAGCGUGUUGACGACAGCUGUUGAUUCGAGAUUGUGUGAUGUUGAGAAGGAAGGUGGAUUAGAUGUCAAUGUCAGUGGAGGUGUGUCGAUUGUACCGGGAGGUGGGAAGUCGAAUAGUGUUAGCGUGUUGACGACAGCUGUUGAUUCGAGAUUGUGUGAUGUUGAGAAGGAAGGUGGAUUAGAUGUCAAUGUCAGUGGAGGUGUGUCGAUUGUACCGGGAGGUGGGAAGUCGAAUAGUGUUAGCGUGUUGACGACAGCUGUUGAUUCGAGAUUGUGUGAUGUUGAGAAGGAAGGUGGAUUAGAUGUCAAUGUCAGUGGAGGUGUGUCGAUUGUACCGGGAGGUGGGAAGUCGAAUAGUGUUAGCGUGUUGACGACAGCUGUUGAUUCGAGAUUGUGUGAUGUUGAGAAGGAAGGUGGAUUAGAUGUCAAUGUCAGUGGAGGUGUGUCGAUUGUACCGGGAGGUGGGAAGUCGAAUAGUGUUAGCGUGUUGACGACAGCUGUUGAUUCGAGAUUGUGUGAUGUUGAGAAGGAAGGUGGAUUAGAUGUCAAUGUCAGUGGAGGUGUGUCGAUUGUACCGGGAGGUGGGAAGUCGAAUAGUGUUAGCGUGUUGACGACAGCUGUUGAUUCGAGAUUGUGUGAUGUUGAGAAGGAAGGUGGAUUAGAUGUCAAUGUCAGUGGAGGUGUGUCGAUUGUACCGGGAGGUGGGAAGUCGAAUAGUGUUAGCGUGUUGACGACAGCUGUUGAUUCGAGAUUGUGUGAUGUUGAGAAGGAAGGUGGAUUAGAUGUCAAUGUCAGUGGAGGUGUGUCGAUUGUACCGGGAGGUGGGAAGUCGAAUAGUGUUAGCGUGUUGACGACAGCUGUUGAUUCGAGAUUGUGUGAUGUUGAGAAGGAAGGUGGAUUAGAUGUCAAUGUCAGUGGAGGUGUGUCGAUUGUACCGGGAGGUGGGAAGUCGAAUAGUGUUAGCGUGUUGACGACAGCUGUUGAUUCGAGAUUGUGUGAUGUUGAGAAGGAAGGUACAUUAAAUGACAAUGUCACUAGUGGUACGUCGAUUGGUUCACGAGCUAGGAAGUCGAUUUCUAUUCGCGUUUUGACGGAGGUGGAUUCGAAAUUGUGUGAUGUUGAGAAUGAAGGUCGGUUAAGCAAAUCUCGUCGUUCCUCUUCCUCGAGCUCUUCCUCAGCGAAAAGACGACGUCUUCUUGGAGAACAGGAUAAAAUCAGCGCAAUGGCAUUGUUGAACGAGUUAGAUGAAGAGAAAAGAACCAAAGAUAGGUCCAGUCAACGAACUUCUUCACUUGGACAUAAAGAACAUAUCAAUCGAAAUCAUGAUAGCAUCCCAUUAAUUAGACCACUAAGUAUAACUAUUACAGAUAGCCUUUUGGAUUCCUAUGACGAUAGCCAUAUGGAUUGUAUUGAAUCAGUGCUAAGAAAUCAAACUGAUACAGAAGACUGGAAACAUCAAGAAGCGAAGCAGUGUGUAGAUGCUGACGGCGAGUCCCGACGGCCUUCAGCGUCGAGGAAGGUGACGCUGUCUCCAAUCCCACAUUGUUUUGAUGUCGACGAUGGUGUGGAAGUGGAAGGUGGAAUAGCGGAGCUUGGAUUUGAAGAGGCGAAGGAGUGUGUAGCUGCUGACGGCGAGUCCCGACGGCCUUCAGCGUCGAGGAAGGUGACGCUGUCUCCAAUCCCACAUUGUUUUGAUGUCGACGAUGGUGUGGAAGUGGAAGGUGGAAUAGCGGAGCUUGGAUUUGAAGAGGCGAAGGAGUGUGUAGCUGCUGACGGCGAGUCCCGACGGCCUUCAGCGUCGAGGAAGGUGACGCUGUCUCCAAUCCCACAUUGUUUUGAUGUCGACGAUGGUGUGGAAGUGGAAGGUGGAAUAGCGGAGCUUGGAUUUGAAGAGGCGAAGGAGUGUGUAGCUGCUGACGGCGAGUCCCGACGGCCUUCAGCGUCGAGGAAGGUGACGCUGUCUCCAAUCCCACAUUGUUUUGAUGUCGACGAUGGUGUGGAAGUGGAAGGUGGAAUAGCGGAUGAAUUACCUGCUGAUCAUCACAAUAACUUACCGGCGUCUCCAAACCGGCUGACAAAUAGUUCUCCAUCACGUAAAGGUCGUCCAAGUGUAAAAUUCGCUUCUUUCGUUGUUUAUGUGGAUAAUCAUGAAGGCUGUAAGCCAAGAAUCUCUUUGGGUCCAAUAUCUGCUUUCGACAUUGGUAAUAAUAAUAGUACUACUACUACUAAUAAUAAUAAUAACUAUUCAGUCAACGAGACAACUGACAAAUCAUCAACAUAUCAAAGUCAAUUUUCAUCAUCUGAAGAAAACAAAGAAAAUGAAGAAUUCAGAAGUUGCUCUGGUUUUCAAGAGUCUUCUCUUCCUCCUUCAUAUUCAUCCUCAGUGUUGUCUGCAUCACCUAUGACACAGCAGCAAGUUAAACUUCCAUGGCGUACUCCAUAUGACUGUCAGUUUAUACCAUUUAAGGGGAAAAGACCUCUAUCAAAAAGUUAUAUAGAAAGUGGUGGUAGUUUACGUCGAAGUAAGAGGCUACGUGUUCCAGCUACACAUGACAGAAACAAGGUGGUUGUCUAUGAACCAGAUGAAGAUGAAUACGGUUUAGUGUAUCAAAAACCUGUUGGUAUAGCUGUAUUACCUGACUCGAAUGAAGUGAAUCGACGUCAAAGAUUUCUGAAUCGUUUAAAACAUUGUCAUGACAAUAGUCAGUUAUUAAGAAAUAGGAAAAUUUCUCGGGCACGACGUAUAGGAAAACUAGCUCAACGCUAUAGAUUCAUGAAAGGUGUAAAGAAAUCCCCAACAAUCACAGAAUCCAUAAGAAUUCAACUUGAUCAAGAUGUGUCAUGGGCAUCUCCAAUUGAACCACAAUUACCAAUUGGCAUCAAUAAUACACUACAGCAAGUAAUAUAUCCAGUGAAUGCACAAUUUCCCCAUUUCAAAUUUUCUACAAUGGAAUUUUCGAAUUAUGAGAUUCCUGCCUUAUUUGGUGUUUUCCCUAGUCGAAGUCAAUCGAAUCUACCAUGUUUUGAAGUUGAUGUCAAUCUAACUAGAAUUGUUAGCAGAGAGCAAGAGAGACGUCAACUUCAUUAUGAUAAAGAUGCAAUAAACAUAUUUACAUUGACUUCAUCUCCUCCUUGUUUACCAUCAAGUUCAAAUGGUCCCUUAAGUCCUUAUGCGGUACAACUUUCGAGAUUUGCACUUCCCUUACUGAAACCAUGCAUUGUGUAUAUUCCAAAAGGUUAGUACUAUUUCAUUGAUGUUAUAUUAUUGUUAUUGUUUCUUUUAAUUCUUAAAGGAACAUAGGGCUUCAGCUGCAUGUCUCCAUUGCGUUCGGUUCUCUGCCAACGUUUUCACCUGGCUUCACGUCUGCCCACAUGCUUUCAUCUCCUCUUCACAUAAACUCCUCCAUGUCACCCUCACAUUGACGGCCAACUCGCCGCUUCCCAUUCGGGUUCCACUCGAGUGAUGGCCUGGCGUGUGAUGUCACUUUAUGGUUUCCUAAGAGUAUGGCCAAUCCAUCUCCAUCUCUUCCUUCCUAUUUGUUUCACAGUCGGUUCCUGGUUGGUUCGCUCAUUGCCAGAGAUCCCUGUUGCUGAUCUUUUCUGGCCGGCCAUCUGAUCUUGAGUGGUAUUGAGCGAAGACAACUGUUAAUGAAGGUCUGAAGUUUGUUUGAGAUGCUCUUUAUGACGCGCAAUGCAAGUCUUCGAUCCGUAUAAUAGCACUGACUUCAUAUUGGAGUUGAAAAUCCGGAUGUUAUUUUUGAUUCUGACUGCUGUUGACCUCCACACAAACUUGAGAGUGAUGAAAGCUUUUCUUGCUUUUCCGAUUCUGGCUUUGAUAUCCUUGUCAGUUCCGCCUGUAGUUGAAACGAUGCUUCCCUAGUUGGUGGGUAAAGGAGGUUGCUUCUUUCAGAUCUCUCCCAUUUAUGGUGACUGAUUGUUGUAUGUUGUUGUUGCUGCUGGCACUGGUGUACAGUAGUAUGCUUCCAUUAUAGAAUAAUCUAAUUUGAUGCAAUGAUUCUGUUUUAUCAGAUUUGUGAGAAUUUCACCGAUUUCGAAGUGAACUUUCUUUAAUAGCUAAUAUCAGACAAGAAACUGUUAAAAAAACGCUAAACGUUUGCUCUGAAAUCUUCCAGUCUUCGUUCUGAUCCGUCGCAGAGUCAUAACUGUAUACUGCUGAAGAAUACUAGGCUGUAUGACGUCAGUACUUUAUUAAGUUCACUUCUGAAAUUAUAUUUAUGCAGACUGUUUCACUUUUUACUCUUUGACCACUUAUAAAUGAGUGUUACCUUGUUAUUUAGACGAGGCUAGAGUCUGCCUGGUUUCUUAGAAAUCAUCUUGAAAAGACUAAAAGUUGUCAAAUUUUAAGACUUCAUCUGGAAGAUGAUAGAUUUAAGAAAAACAAGUCAUACUCUUAUUAAAUUGCAAUACUACCCAUCAUCAUUAUCCCAUAGAUCUCUGAAUGGUAGUCAACUCUCCGCCUUAAUUUCAUCGACUUUAAGAAGGCAUUUAUCAGCGUCAGCUGCUUCAGCAUUAUGCAGUGCUACUGUUAUUUACAAACAUCACUCAGUAGUUUUAUGGUGAUACCAUAUGUUAAUUAAAUUGCAACGGAAAGCUCACCAGAGACUUUAAAGUGAAGACUGAAAUAAGGCAAGUUUGCCUGCUUUCACUGAUGAUCUUCUUGAUUGUGGGGGAAACUAGUUCAUCAUCCGGUAGGCCAUGAGGUGUGAGGAAAUAAAUAUAUGCUGGACUGACUAAAAGAUCCUAAAAUGUAGGAAUUUCGAAGAUAGCUUAUGUCUCAUUUUGCAUAAACUUGUAGGAAUACGAUCAAAAACCAACCAGAAGGUAAAUCUACAUUUAAGGAGACAUCAGUUAAUUGCUAGUGUUCACAGACUUGGUGCAGUUGUCAUACAGAGCAUUUCAAAGAGGCUGUAGGAUUUCAUCAGUAGGUGCCUUCACUAUCUGAAUGCUGAAGGUCAAAUGGCAGGUCACAAAAAAUAAAUAACGAGGUAUUCCGACAGGCAACUAUCCAGCCAAUAACCUAUUUAUCAUCAAUUAUACAGGAAAAAAGUAGGUGAAUUGGUUGUGCACUAAAGAGGCCAUUAACUGGUCUCAUAUGGAAGUCAGGCCGUUGAAUGGAACCUGAGUAGAAAACGAUGGGUUCGGAUGUGGAUACGAGGGGAACAACAUGUGAAGACAAAAUGAAAGCUUGUAGGCAGCGAUGGAACUGGCUAAAUGUGAUCGUAAAUGAUCUAAUGUAAUUGAGGUUUACCACUGGAUACCUAAGGAGUGAAAAAUAAACAUGAUGUUGAGAUGUUAUUAAAAAUGGUUUACACUCCUUUAUUAUCAGUUGAUAUUUUGACAAAUGCCAUUCGCUAAGAUACUGUUUUUCGCGUUGAUGUCAAUUAAACAGUUAAUUAGACAAUUGUUCGUCGGUGGCACAGCUGUUAGCAUGUUCGCCGACCAUGCACAUUGUCCGGGGUUCGAUCCCCGGCACCAACGCACUUCUUUACCUCACUUAGCCAGUAAUAAGACUGGUAAAGAGAGAAGGUUGGGCAUGAGGCUAGCAACCCCAUCCUGUAAAAAUAAACACUGCUACAAAAACUUCAAGCCACUAGCUUGAAGCCCUAUGUUCCACUGGGAACAUGAAGGAAAUAAAGAAAAUUAGACAAUUAGCUAACAAUUGACAACUUGAUAAUCUUCCGCUUAGCUUCUUCCCAUAACAUUUCAGCACUGAGACCCACAUGAAACAAAGAAGAUUACUACUAAAAGAACAGUUUUGCACAGGAUGAACCAACUUGUAAAAUGGAUUGAAAAAACCUGAUGGAUGGUGUAUUGGUGUAUUAAUUGUGAACAAUUUCAGUAUGUUCAUCAGACGUUAGUUUGUAUAAAGUGUUAAUAGCAAAAUGGAAAAGUUUUGAACUCAGUAGUAGAACCCUGAAACUCACUCAAUAUUUGAAUGUUGAUGUCUUGUUUUGCUAUACUAUUAAGCAUUGCACAUACAGUGCUUUCGUUGGAUUAACAGAUAGACUUAAGACUAGAACAAGAAUUAUUAAAUGCUCUUUUAUGCUCUCAGUAAUACCUUACUCUGACUCUUACCCUUACGUCUCUGACUGCAGCACUGGAUGACGCGGGUUUGAACCUCAGAAGAGACAUGAGUUCCUUCGAGGUUCCAGAUAAGUCUUGUUGACUAGUGAAUGCCAACUAGCACGAAACCUAGGUCGAAGGCUUUCUGCUGAUUGCCUACAACCAUUUAAUACCAACAGUUCGCUUUGCACCGUGAUGGCGAGCCACUUAGUGCCAUGGUGGCAACAUUGCACACUUGACUGAUAGAAUUCAGUCUACACCAAUCAGAAGACUAGAUAAACACACAAGUACAUUGCAUUAGUGUCCAAUCAAAAAUUCCUUACUUAAUCAUUACUAAUCAGUAAUGAAGAAUAUUUUUACUCAUUUUAGCGCUUUUUAUCUUAAAGGAACUGUGUAUACUCCAUACUAUCGUGGUAGAGAUUCAUUCUAGUUGACUUGUAUCUGUUAGGUUGUUAAUUUAAUAGGGUAUGUGUGUACAGCGUGUUGAUGACAGAAGUCGUAAUCAUUUCGUUAUUCUUCUUUUUUUUCUAAUUUGUAUCUUUUGUUUUUCAGGUGUACCUUAUAAAUUUAUAAAUGCAACUAGAGAAAACCUGGUUCUUAGCCGAAUGAGAUUUGUUUUAUAACCUGAUAUCUUCUGUGUCUUUCCUUCUGUCUACUGUUGUCGACUUCAUCCUUUACAUUUGUUUGUCUAUCCAUUGAGUCACUGUGUUUUCAUUUCUGAUGUCAUUAUCCUUUAGUAAAUCAUUUUUUUUCCUGAACUGGUAUAUUUUCUUUUGCGUGUUUAAUUUUGUUAUUAUUGUUGUCGUUUAUUAUUAUUAUUAUUGUUAUUGUGAGUGAAUAUAAAGUAUUUUGUAUAAUUGAUU